AUCUUGCAACAGUGCAUUGCAGUUCAUGGACGGUGGAUAGACAUCACGUUUAAGUAGCGGAAGGAGGAAGUGGAUACCUCGCGGGUAGCAGUGACGACGAGCUAAUGUCGGGAUAUUUCAACGUACGAAGGAGAUGCGCGUGUCAGGAGACCGCGGGGCAAUGAUUAAUGACGAAUCAGUUGGGACGCGGGUGAUGAGUCGCGCAAAAUGAGGAAGUCUUGUAACGCCACGGUGGAGGCCCGAACAACGGAAUGCCUCGAAGUCACGAGACGUCUGCAUAAGAGUGUGACAGAGAUUGUCAAGAAAUUGGAUGAACAGAAAAAUCGAGCUUUAACAGUAAGCGAUAUAUUUGUUCCAUCUGUGAAAGUUCUACGCAUGCGGCUUAAGGAUUAUUGCCAGAGAUUGAUAUUGAAAGACCCCGUUGGAAAUGGGUACAAAAUAGAGGAAUUGCUUUGGAGAAAGGCAUUCUAUGAUGUCGUAUAUGCAGCCAAAAAGUUGCGAAAGGCUAACAUCUGGAAUGAUGAAGAAAAGGCUUUGUUGGCAGUUCAUUUGGAAGUGGGUGUGGGAUAUUAUCAUCAUCUGAUAUUGAAACUACAGUUUGAGUAUGAUCUAGACCUUGUCGGUGUUGUUGAUUUCGCAUUUAUUCAUAGCGAGAAUAUUUUAUCAUAUGUGAGAGCUAAGACGGGGCAAUCUAAAACUUAUGCCAAAGAAGUCAAACUAUCUGUUAUACGUUUGAUCCAUCGAAGCUUGGUAUGCCUUGGAGACCUGAGCAGGUACAAAUUAGAAUUAGAUUCAAAUUGGGAUCCAAUGAUAGCAAACAGAUAUUAUAAGAUGGCUAUAGCCAUUGACCCGAAUAUUGGCAUGCCUCACAACCAACUUGGUUCUAUAGCGGGCAACAAAAAUUAUGGAUUAGAUGGAGUCCAUCAUUACAUGAGAAGUGUUUUAUGUUCUGAGCCAUUUGAAGGAGCAGAGGGAAAUUUGAAGAGAAGUGUGGUAAAUCACUCCAUUUGUACAGACGAGAACAAUUCUGUUCAUCAUUGUAUAUCACGAUUAUUCUCUUUAUUACGUUUAUGGGAUUACGAAAAUCCAAAUUCCGACAGAAUAAAUCAGGAAUGUCAGGAUCUUUUAACUGACUUAGAGAAUUGCUUGACAAUGAAACAAAUUGAAUCACAUAACGCAAAUUCUCUUGAAAAUGUGGAUAGUAUAGAAACAUAUCUUCAAAAUUGCAAAAACAAACCAAUGCUUUAUCUAACAGAUGACAUGGUGUUUAAAAUUACGACAAUAUGCUUAAUGUCAAUUUCUAGAUUAAAGAGCAAAGAAUCCAGUGAAGUACAGGGUGUUGUUGCUAUAACUUUAGCAAUAUUAUCGCAAUUACUGCAGAUUACAAUAACAAGAUUACAGGAAAUGGUCACAGAUAUAGCAGUGUCUGCUGUAGAAGCAACUGCGAAAACAGAGACUUAUUCCGCAAAAUUGAAAAAUGGACAGGAACGUCGAACGUCAUGUGAACAAGAAAACAACGGAGAUUGUUUAGAGAAUGAAAACUCCGCUGUGAACAAAGACAAUAAUGUACUCAAUUUGAACAAAAACGACAAAGCAAAAUCGCUGGAUAACGGAGUAGUGAAUGAAUCCAGUGUCAAAAAAGCUCGCGACAAAUCGAAGAGUCUUCUCAGCAAACUCCGUAGACGAAAGAGAAGGACCAGUUCUGAUUCGGACGCGAGCGAUUUAGAUCAGUCGACAUUGGCAUCGUCCAGUGACGAGAUUAACUCGGACGUGUCCGAGACGGAAGGGGACGGUGCGAUAUCAGACGACGCUUUAUCGGACGACAAUACGGACGAUGAAGAAUCAUUGCUUGGGAACAAAGUCCAAACAAAAAACACAACAAAGGAAGAGAUAAACGGCCAUGUCAGCGACGUUGCCGGUAAAACAAAGAAUUGCGAGAAUAACAAUGUCAAUCACGUCAAUGGCGAGCAGCACACGAUUGAUCAGACGGAUUUGAAGGAUGUUGAUAAUAAGGAUUCUGUAACGAAUUCCAGCAGCACUGUCACGAUCACGACCAACACAGACUCGAUCAGCACUUUCGAAGAAAGCAAUGGUGAUUUAUGCGCCGCAAACGGUGUCGUUCCUCACGUGACACAAUUGAAGAAGCAGAACUUAAAGCCGGACGAUAUUUUGAGCUUGUUGGUCGACAAGGAGAUCCUCACGUCCGUCAAGGUGUGCUGCGACUGGCUGCGGAGUAAUCCCGAUAUUAUGAGAAUAUGCGCCAAGAGUUCGCGAACGUUGCUGAAGCGUAUUACGAUUCUAUUGAAUUUGAUCGACAUAGACGCGGAGGCAUUCGUACGGAAAACCGGCGAUUCCACGAUCUUGUCGAGCGCCGAGAGGCUGAAGGAGUGCGUGAAAACAGUGCCUCUACCAGAGGACAUUGACCUCAGGGGGCUGAAUUUGCUGGAGGAUGCUCACAAGUCUCUCGAUUGGCACAUACUGCACAAACACAAAAUGAACAAAUGGGAGGAGACGCUACUGAGAGUGUUGAAGCUGAUCGAGUUCGGACAUCAUCUCAGUUCCGUCGAGAAUUCCGGCGUGCGGUACGAUCAGACUGAACAGUUGUUCCUGGUAACGAAUUCGAGUCCGUCAAACGCUCCGAAGGCGACGGGUCUGGAUGAGAAGAACUUUGGACCGGAUCACUCGAAAAGAAAGCUUAUGAGACACAUGGGCAAACUGUGGUUGAAAGCUGAGGUUCGAGCUCUGGAGAAUCAGUUAUGUUGUCGCUUUAUAUCGCCGUACCUUGUACCUGAUCAUGAAGCUUUAGCCAAGCACAUGCCGGCCCUUAAACGCUUAGUGUCCGCGAAGAAGUUUAUAGUAGUGAUUCCCGCGGUUGUUGUCUCUGCCUUGGAUGAGGUGAAACGUGUAAGUGCGCAGGCGAGAGAAGCGACGCGAUGGCUGGAAUCACAAUUUAGAGGCGGUUCAAGAUUCUUACGGGCGCAGAGACCUAACGAACGUUUAGCGCUCCCGUUAAUAAAAGGACCAAGACCCAAGGACAAGGAGGCGCGGUUGUUUUUUCAGAUAAUAGAGUGUUGUAAUUUCCUUACCCAGCAAGCGAAGGUCGGUUUUACCGGUGAUGGAGACGCACCAGUCGUGACGCUUUUAACUGGCAGCGAUCCGAACGACAGGAAAGCUCUGACUUUUAGUCCCGAUGGAUUAGCGAAAAGUGCAGGUGUUAAUCUCGAGCAUAUAGAAUCAUUUCAAAUGAAGUGGAAAUCGUCUAUUAAAAGCCACGGUUGAGCGGAACACAUCAUUUCUAUGUGGUCAUCUGCUGCUAAUCUCAUUGGGUGAUGCCAUUCAUUGUUUUGGGUGUCGCGCAUCCAGAUUCUCAGCUCAUCGGAGAACAAACAUGGGAAGAGGGUUGGAAACCCGCGCAUACGAAAUGGAAAAUGAACAGAGUUGUACUGCGAUAAAAAUCAGUGCCGAUAAAAUGUUCUUUUCCACUGCACGCAACGGAACUCUGAGUAAUAGAACUAUGUUUUUUUUCUCCUCUUUUUAACUAUUCAUAUUGCCAUUUAUGUUUAAAAGAAUUGUAUUUUUAAGUAAAUGUUUUUAAAUAAUUAGA